CCAACUUGUUUAACUUUGUAUGUAUGUUAAUUUAUUUUAUAUAGCACAAUCACGACCGAAUAUCCAUAUGUAGAUGGCUUUUAUUCAUAGUGCAAUCUAAAGUACAACAAAAGUUGAUAAAAAAAAUCCAAAUUUUCUUCUUCUUUUCCAUUAUUUGGCUUUUUAAAACCUAAAGCUAUUUAACAACAACAUAAUUAAAAAAAAUGUGUUAUGUUAUGUUCCACGUUGAUGUACUUUGCAGAAAAGUCUGUGUCUUUCCCUCUUUAUAAACUGCACACACAUUGAUCCUUAGUCCAUAAGCAAAAAAAUCAAAGCGAAAAAUAAUAUUCACAUUCUCUCUCUAACUCUAGAGAUGGAGAAGAGCGUACCAAUAAGCAAGAAGCUAUGGAACCUCGUACGUUUUGUCAUGUACAUGUUACACAAAGGCAUCUCAAAGCAAAAGCUCCUGGCUGACUUUAACGCCACUCUCAAACGCGGCAAGAAUCUCAUGUUCAACAACCGCCGCCGCGUCCCAGCCACCGCCUCCACCGUCUCGUCCCAGCCGCAGAAAGAAUACGAGUUUAGCUGCAGCGACACUCCAAACUACUCGUUCCCCUUUAGCAUGGCCGCUUUCAAGAAAAAGAGUCACCACAUUGGUCUCUUCGCCUGUGGUCAAGCGCCACCGACUCUCGACGACGAUACCUCCGCCUCCUUAGCCGUGCUGGAGCUUCUCAACGGCGUCGGAGUUCAAGAAGGCGGUAGUAAGACGCCGGCUUUGUCGGUCGAGGCUUUGACGGCGUUGUCUCCUUAUAACUUGCCCCGGUUUGGACGGAGUUCUCCGUCAGUGAGACCUUUACGUGUGACGGACUCACCGUUCCCGUUAACGGAAGAUGGUGACGUGGCUAACGGACAUGUGGACAAAGCAGCCGAGGAGUUUAUAAUGAAGUUUUACAAGAACUUGAAUCAGCAAAAAAAGAUUGAGUUCUCACCUAAUUAAUAAAUCUUCUUUAUCAAAAAAAUAAGAAAAAAAAAAUCUUCUUUUUCAUUUCUCUUCUGAAAUAUUUUCUCUCUAUUCGGCUAAAUUGGUUCUGAAGUUGUAAUAAUAUUUUUGGUGCGAGGAUUGGGAAUUAUUUUCUCAUUUCUUGAUGAAAUUAGAUUUACCAUUAUGAAUAAAAAAGUUAUUAGGUGACCAUUCUCUACA